AUGUGGCGCGUGAGAGCGCAGCACGGAGUACAAUCAGACGCUGCGUUCUCACCCAGACUACAGCACCUGUGCUUCCGCUACGCUUCACACGCAGGAGUUUUACAUAAACCAACAUCCUCUGUGGAUUUGUUGUGCGUUGCAGACGUUUGGCAUUGCCGAGAUGAAAAACAGAACUUCAUUCAAAGUUUCGAUGCUCAGUUGGUGCGAGAGGAGAAGAGAUUGGAAGUUGAAGAGGAGCUCAGAGUUCAGGUGGACGAGCUGAUGAGGCAGGAACUGAAGAACCUUAAACUGGUGGUGGACAGAGACAAGGGAAAGAAAAAGAAAAAAGUCAAGAAAAGUAGUAAAAAGAAAAAAAAGAAAGGGCGGAAGACUGGAAAGAAGAAGAAGAAAGAGAAGGACCUCACAGCUGACAGGACCAUAGAAUCUCUAUAUGAGGAACUUGUUCGGGAAGGCUUCAUAAUCAGGCCAAUGAACGUCAAGUUAUCAGAUUACAUAGGUAAAAACUAUACACCACUGAGAUAA